AAAAAAAAAAAAAAAAAGUCGUUUCUCUUUCCUUCUUCAUUGCUCUCUCUCUUCGUAAAGCUCUCCACAGCUUUACGCAAUGACGCUAUUCUUCAAAUUCAAUCCUCUUCCUCCUCCUUCGCUUCUCACAUCUUCCCGCUUCAUCCUCGUUUUUAUACCAGACGCGACAGUUCUCCGGCGCCGGCGGAUCCACUCCGAUUUAUCGCUGAACCCUUGGAAUUUGGGGGAAUUUGGUCUGCGUCGGUGAAGGAUCGAUGGAGAAAUCUAACAAAUGUGCUGUUUGCCUCCAUUCGUUUCGUCCCUCGAUCUGCGUAGCUUGUGUUAAUCGCAGUUUAAACGAAUACAAACUUAAGUUGGACUCGUUAAAGAGCCGUCGGGAGGUUUCAUACUUGAGAUUAAGUGGCUUGCUUAUCACAAAGGAGAAAGCAAUUAGUCAACACUGUUGGAUUGGGGUUCAGAAUGAGAAGCUUGCUAGGUUGCGGGAGAAGCUCCAACUAGGAGUGGAGAAGUUGCAGCAAAGCAAAAACACAUUACGGAGCCUGUCUCGCAAUCUGAAAGAAAGAUAUGGCAUUAUUGAAUCAACUAACGUUGCUUUGGAGAAGAGCCGUGUUCGCCAAUUGGAGAACCACUAUUCGGAUACUAUUGGCAAUCACUACUUGGUAUAUAUUGACCUUACUUCAGAACGCCUCUAUAAACAGGCUUUGGUUAUGAAACAGAUAUGCAAAUUAUUCCCUCUAUCAAGGGUGAAACUAGAGAGGCAGAACAAAGAUGGGUAUUUUGGACAGUAUGAUCAAAUCUGCAAUGCUCUCUUACCACAAGGUCUCAACCCACUCUCUGUUCCGCCAAAAGAGCUCGCAGCCUCUUUAGGGUACAUGGUUCAGCUUCUAAAUCUUGUUGUCCAUAAGCUCUCUGCGCCUGCACUCCAUAACUUGGGUUUCGGGGGUUCUUGUUCACGAAUAUGGCAACGAGAUUCUUAUUGGAACUCUCAUCCGUCUUCUCCAAGCGAUGAGUAUCCCCUUUUUGUACCAUCCCAUGAUUACUACUCAUUCGAAGGAAAAGGUUCGUGGACGGGUAGAGAUACAAAUUUUGGUGUCACUUCAUUGAAAUCAGAUGGAAGUGUAGAAGACGAUUAUCAUGACCUUGACCUUGACGUUGCCAGUCUUUCCUCUGGCUCUCCUCAUUCUGUUGAAACAUUCAGAAAUCUCCAGAGAGGAAUUGCACAUCUUAAGCAAAGUGUGGCUCACUUAAAUGUGUAUGGAUACAGUUCCCUGUCUCUCGAAGUUCCUUCUGGAGCCUCGACUUUUGAAACAUUUGCAAAGUUGCUGGCCACGUUAUCUUCUCUCAAGGAAGUUCAGUCUGCUCUUUCCCUUGGUUUGUCAAGUUCCAACAAGCAAAGACAGGAGCCGAACAAAUCCGUGUGGAAUUUGAACUCGUCAAGUUCCAGCACCUUGCUGGACAGCUCUCAUACUCAGCCAACAUCGUGGAACAGUAGUUAUUACAACGUUCCAAAUCGAGAUCCAAGCUACAUGGUGGAGUUUCCUGAUGUGAAGAAGGAUAAAAACUCUACUGAUGGAUGGAAUUUGGUUGAGCAUCCUCAUUCUUCACAUCAACCCUAUCAUCCCAAUAAUAAGUAGUGAUCAUCUCAAGUCAGUGGAGUAAAAUAUGGUGAAAGAGUCACUGAUCCCAAUGGAGUUUGAUAAUACUACCAACGAUAAAGGUCAUGUGCACUUGUGACGUGAGAAGAAUAUCCUCCACCUUGUUUGGGCUUUAAAAGGAAAGGACACCGCAAUAACAUUUAUAUAUACAAUAAAGAAAACAAAGUUACUCCUUUUUUAUAGUCAUCCAACAAAAACAAAAAUCAGCUCCUUUUACAUACAUACCACACAAUGAAUUGGGAACAAAAGCAAUGAUAAUAUAAACCCAUCACCCUCCUUUGCUUUUGAAGUUAUUCAUAAUUGGCAAAAACGAAAAUUUGUAUAUAAACGUUUUUAUUU